CUCCUCCUGAGUGCUGACGCACGCUUAGAGCAAAUGCUCCUCAUCGUAGUGAAUGCAUGCAGCUCGACUGAGAUAUCAUCUCACAAUCCAGAAACAACAUCGACUUCCAGCAUCCUGCGAGAAGAGCCUCUGGGAGACCUACUGCGAGCCGACUGGAGGCGGAGGAGCUAUUCAACAGCGAGUAUUAGCCUAUAAGAAAAUGGAUGAUUCACCAUCAAAGCAUCUUCUUGGCUCCAAGAAGAGAGUCAAAAUCCACCCAAACACAGUGACGGUCAAAUACGCCACUCACUUUCCCCAGCCUGGAGACGAGGGUUAUGAUGACGCUCCAUCUUUUGAAGACUUUGGCUCAUUUGUCGAAGAGACCUCAGACAGCAAGCACCUCACUGACAGCAAGUCAGGCAGGACUUUUUUUGGCGCGCUUGAAAGUCGGUCCAAACUGGCUAGGGAUCAGAACGAAAAAGGGGUCGGAGGUCAGCUGCAGAGCUUCGGGGAGGCCUCUGUGUUCGCCUCACGCAUGACAUGGGCCGCUCUGUUCGGGGCGGCUCUGGCCCACGGCUGCGUGGCUCUCAUCACACGUCUAGCUGCUGACCGCUCUAGGGUGCCAUCGCUCGAACUUCUCUUUAUCCGCUCCGUCAUCCAGGUGUUGUCCAUCGUGGUGGUGUUUCAUUACCAGGAGCCUCCCUUCGGUCCUCAAGGCUACAGACUGCGUCUUUUCUUCUAUGGCGUGUGCAAUGUCAUCUCCAUCACGUGUGCGUAUACCUCCUUUGCCAUCGUCCCGCCCAGCAAUGGCACCAUCAUGUGGAGAGCCACCACAACGGUUUUCAGUGCCAUAAUGGCGUUUUUACUCAUUGAUGAGCGACUAGGAAUGACAGACGUGGUGACAGUAGUCAGUAGCGUCUUCGGCCUUUGCUUGGUCAUGAUUCCCAACAUUGUAGGCGAGCACCGGUCUCUGGGUUUCUGGAAGGAGGCCUUCGGCUACACCAUGACAGUGAUGGCAGGCUUAAUGGCGGCCCUGUCCAUGAUCAUAUACCGUGCCAUCAAAGAGAGGGUGAGCAUGUGGACUGCACUCUUCACCUUCGGCUGGACCGGAACCGUAUGGGGAGUGUCCACUAUGUUCAUCCUGCAGGAGCCCAUCAUUCCAUUAGAUGGAGAAACGUGGGGGUAUCUAAUUGGCAUCUGCGUCUGCUCCACUGUGGCAUUCCUGGGGGUCUAUUAUGCCCUCAACAAGUUUCAUCCCGCACUGGUCAGCACCGUUCAGCAUAUGGAGAUCGUUGUGGCUAUGCUUCUGCAGCUGAUUGUGCUCCACAUGGUCCCCUCAGUGUAUGAUAUCAUCGGGGGUCUCAUCAUCAUCAUCAGUGUAGUCGUGCUGACAGCCGUAAAGCUUUUCUGGGUGGGCAAGAGCAAAAGACAGGAGUAUGAAGAGAUCCUCGACUCACCGAUAAAGUGAUCAAAGUUAUUGUUUUAUAGAUAUUAUUGUUGAGUCUGAUUUGUCAGGCCUUGAAUCACAGGUUUUUGCUUAGACACUAAAAGUUAUUGUGAAUGUUUGAGAAAAAGCUAUAUGUGAAGUUUACAGUAUGUAAAGUUUAUUCAUUGAUGAAGUGCCAUUGUGAAGUUGUCUUGGUGUAUUAUGUGAAGCUCAAAAAGGUGGUGGAUUCUUCUCGCCCGUUAUGAAGUAAUUAUAUAUGUUUAGCUAUGUCAUAUAAUGUUUCAUUAGGUAGUACAUCAAAAUAAAGGCUGCAAUGACAACAAGAGAUCUUUUCAUAAAUAUGCACUGCAAUUUUCCAAGUUGACAUGGUCAUUAGUGCCCUCUGUUGGUAUUUUGUGACUAUAUGGCCAUGAGAAGUGGAGCAACAAUUUUUGGCACAGCCUGAUUAGCCUGAGUAAAUCACAUCAGUUUUGCAACAGUGAUGUAGUAAUGAUUCACUCCAGAGUCUUACUCAGUUUUAACCAUUGUACUGUAAUAAUAUGUUUUGGCAAGGCGUUCUCAGAUUUGAGGUUAAAGUCAAAAGGUUGCAUAGUCUCUGUAACAGACCCAAAAUAUUUGACAAAGUAAAUAAAAGUAAAUGCAUUUUCUUGGAAUAAAAAAGCCAAUGCACGAUCCAUGCAAACAUAAGAUUUUUCAUACAAUCAUAAUUUCAUUUACAACACCUGAAUAUAUCAGAGUUGUAUCUUUAAAAAAAUAACAGCAAAAAGUGUAAUGUUUCAAAGUGAAAUAUUUACAAAGAUUUGUUUUCUCUUUAAUAAAAGCAUGUAUUUAUUUCACUGUGCAUUUGUAUGAGAAUCUAACCAUUUUUGUUAAGUUAUAAAAAGAAAACAAAUUCUUGAAGCACAAUAAUAUUUGUCCGUGUUUUGAAGGUUUUAUAGGACUUUUUCCACAGUGUUUACAAUUAAGGUGGUAGGAAUGGCCAAAUAAUCACAUUAAAACUUGAAUAAAGCUAGUGAAUUUAUAUUUUAAUAAUGUUGCUUCAAAAAAUAAUUUUAAAAAUGCUAAAAUGUAUAAAUAAAUAUGUUUGAAAUUAAUUUAAUGCUUAAGUUUAAAAUCAAAAAAGAUGAUGAAACCAAUAUGUGAGUUGCAGUGGUAAAGUAUCAAAUCUUUCCUAUACAUUUUAUCUGUGGACUGUAUGACAUCAUCUAAGUGUGCAACCAUGUCGUCAUAACAAACACUCAAACACAUUAAUCUCAGUGCAUUGAAAUUUGUAGGCUUAGAUUUGUGGGUUUUCUGAUAUCAUCGGCACAGGCAUGAAGUUCAUCCCAUAACAUCAUGUGCAAGCAUUUAUUGCCUCCCUUGAGAAAUAAACCGGUCUGGAUCAAGGACCAAUCAGUGUUGUUACCGCUGCUUCAAAGAAUGGCAGCCUGCUGGCUCACUGAAAUCUGAGUGUGUGCUGGAGUUUAGCUCUCUGACUGUAGAGAAGUGAUUGCUCAGAGGCCUCAUAAGUUGCAGAUGUGGUCUCUUGCUCAGUGGACUUCUCACAAUAUCACUCACAGAUGGACUUUUAAUUCUUAAGAGUUUGCACACUGAAUUCACCUGAAAAAAACAUUGCUUGAAAACAUGUUCAUCAGACAAACAGCUACAUCCUAAAGGAUCCUUUUAUGUGUUGGAACUUAGUAAAAAAAAACUCAUGCUAGGCAAGGAAAUAAUAAAAAAUUAUAUUAAAUAAAAAUAAUAAAAUAAAAAGUAGCUUUGCAAA